GCCGGAAGGGGCAGGGCAGGCGUCGACGCGGAGUGGCGGUUUGUUGUCCCGGCUUUCCACAACAGCCCGCGGAGUUUGAGUGUGAGGAGGUCCGGGUCCCGGCGGCCUCCAGGCUUCACAGGUUCCCCUGUCCAACUGCCCGUGCUUCUUCUGCUCGAACUUCACAGCUUCCCCGCCCUGGUCCGCGCUUCUCGCUGCAGAGGGCGCCAAGUCCUGUCCCCACCGCCCACCUAUGCUCAACUCUGAGCAGUUUUCCGUCUCCCAAACUAAUCCUCGUUUCUCCUUCCCUUUCUUUCCAUUCCUCCCAGAAAGUAAUUUUCAAACCAUUUUCCCCUCGUCUUUAUUUCUUGCCCCUCUCUUUUCUCCUAAACAGAAAUCAGAUGCCAGGAGGUAUGGCGCCCCUCAAGAAGCCUCGGAAUCCCACAAAAUUACCCCUGGCUUUAAACCCCACGAAGAGUAAGGACGUUUUGGCAGUGCUGGCUGAGAGGAACCAGGCCAUAAUACCAGUUGGGGCAUGGGUGGAACCUGCCUCACCAAAUUGCUCGGAAAUCCCCGCACAUGCUUCAGCAUACAUGAUUGAAGAGGAAAUAAAGAAACAGCAACGAAGAAAACAAGAGUCUCUGAAACAUUUUCAGAGACAGGUCCAACACCGGGUAAAUCAGCAAGUUAAACUGAGGAAAAAGCAACACCUUCAGAAGUCCUACAAAGCAGCAGAAAAGGAAGGCUCUAUAGCCAUGCAGUGUUUAGAUCCGACACAUUUAACUCCUAAAAGGACAAGUGUUUUCUCCAGCAAUUUGAACGCUGCUGUUGGAAGUUGUAGGUUACCCCCUUCCCAGGUGCUUGGGGAUGCAACAGAAGACGGAGAUGGAGAGAAUCAGAAUCAGUUGUUUAAACAACAAGCUCACGCUCUUAGUCAAACUCUGAAACAGGCACGUCAGCAGCUGGCAUCCUUUAAAACUGUGGGUGACAAAAAGACACCAGUGCUUCUAAAUGGUAGAAGGAAAAGUUCUCCUGCCCAUGAGAAAGCACUUCUUAGCAAACCAGCAUGCAUCAAGAUAAACAAAGAAGCAAGAGAGGAACCCCCUGGUAAGAUCCACGAAGGCCCUUUAACUACAAUUCAUUACCAGAACUUUAUGGAAAAUCAGGACCUUUGCUGUGGGGAUAUUUCAUCUGUUGUGACAGGUGAAAAGGAGAGAGAAGAUUGGUUUGUGGGUUACCAGCAGGAUCUCCUUUCUGAGGACAGAGAAAAGGCUAUCAGCAAAGUUCAGAAAGUAAAAUUCAAAAAUCCAUUAUUUGUUGUGAUAAAAGAAGAUGAACAAAAGCAAUUGAAUCUUCAUAGCCUUCAGGCUGUUCUUCCACAAGCCCAGGAUUAUCUUGUAGAAGUUCAAGGCAACUGUCCAGAAUCCCAGAGUGGUGUGAUAGAUGUCCUUAAUGUUGAGCCCAAAGCUCCAAGUAUUGAACCUAAAACUCCAGGUGUUGAACCAAACACCCAGGCCGCUGGAAUUGAGUUUAAGACCUCAGAGCCAGAGGGCCAGGCUCUUAGGAUAGCAAGUCAAGACACUGUUAGAGCCCAGGCUGUUGCGCCUGGUGGGAACAUUGAGUUGGAAGCCCAGGAUUUUCUACCUCCAAAUCAGACCUUUUCUUCCAGAGACCGGGAUUUUCUGCCCAAAUGCCAAGACCAGGACUCUUUACCCAAAGACCACCAUGUUCUCUCUAAAUACUGGAAUGUUCUUCCUAAACAUCAGGACCAGCAUUGUCUACCAGUAGACCAGAAAUUUCUACCUAGAAACCAGCCUCCUUUAUCUGAAGAACAGAGUCAUCCGCUUGAAUGUCAGAUCCAGGAUCUCCCACCUAAAGAAGAGAGUUUUCUGCCCAGACACCAGUAUAAUUUACCUAUGUAUCAGGACAGAAGAGGUCCACAUGUUCUUCCUAAAUGUCAGGAUCAUGAUGUUCUUUUCAAAGACCAGAGUAAUCUACACAAAUGUCAGGAGCAGGAUCUUCCACUCGAAAACCAGUACAGGAGCCAUGAGCAGUCAUCAUGUGAUAUGAUAAAUGAAAGAUGGAAAAAGGAAUUAUAUCCAGAGUGCUGCAGAUGUGGUUUACAUGAAAUCCAGGAUCCAGACUCUACAUGCAAGCAGGUAGAGUGGAGUUUACAACCAUCUGUUAACACAACUGAGAGGUGGCAAGAGGAUUUACAUCUUGGUAGUCGUGAACAUCUUCCAUGCAGACACUGGAGAGAAACAUGCAGCAGGCGACAAGUUUAUGAAGAGUAUCGGUCGGGACUGAGCAAAUACCAUGCUUCAUUGGCCUUUCAGUCUGGAGUGGAUCAAGAAGAAGACAAGAAAGAGCGUCAAAGGCAAUACUUAAGACACAGGAGACUUUUCAUGGAUAUUGAGAGGGAGCAAGUGAAAGAACAAAACAGACAAAGAGAACAAAAGAAGAGAAUUGAAAAAAUUAAGAGACGGAAAGAGCAGCAGCGCUAUGCUGAAGAGCAGAGGCUCCUGAGAGUGCACUGUCGUAGAGAGCCUUGUCCAGAGCAGAAAAUAAGUGAUGUCUUAGCCCAGUUACAGCUUGAAGAAAUGAAGGGAGCCAGAGAAAAACAGCACCAGAGAGAAAAAGAAUAUGUAAGAUAUGUAGAAGCUUUGCGAGCCCAGGUCCAGGAGAAAAUGAAGCUUUAUAAUAUCACUUUACCUCCAUUAUGUUGUUGUGGUCCUGAUUUUUGGGAUGCCCAUCCUGAUACCUGUGCCAACAAUUGCAUUUUCUAUAAAAACUACAGAGCAUAUAACCGGGCCUUACAUUCAGUCAUCAACUCUUCUGAUAUUUCUGAGGGGAACGCGACUCUUCGAAAUGCUAUUCGUAAUUUUGCUUCUGUACAUAGACGGACUUCAAAAAAAAGUCUACAAUAAGAGUCUGAAAUCAGUGCCAAUGACUGCUGAAAAAAUGUCAGCAGAAUGCUGUGUCACAUAGAAAGACAACAAGACAACCUGAAGCUAUUGGGAGCCAUCCCUGUGUCAACAGAUUUAGCCUCACAGUGCACACCUUGAACUACAGCCCUUCCAAAAGGGAUCUUCCCCGUGCCAGGCAAGGAGCAUCAAGACCUUGGUUUUUUACUUUACAAACUACAGAUAUGUACAGUUUUCAACUCAGGGUUUUCACCAGUAACCAUGCUAAUAUCACCUCACAAACUGAAAGCAAAAUGCCAGAAACAAAUUCAAAAUGCUCUGUCAUACCAAAAGCAAAUUGCAGAGUAAGGAGAACACAAAGUACCUUUUCAUUUUAAAAUGUUUGGAAACAUGUACAAAUUUGAUACAGUUUAAGGAGUGCCAGACACAUGUGUCAACUUUAAGUAAACUGAAGGUUUGAGAAGCUGGGGCAGUGAUGACCAAAUUCUAAAUUAAACCCAAUGAAGACAGUAAACACACUCAAAUAAGAUGUUUGGAUUAUGGCUCUCCCCUCUAUGAUAUUUGUAAGAAGACAGAUAAACAUUUUUUUUAGCUCAGCAUGGUGGUACAUACCUAUAAUCCCAGUACUGCAGAGGGAUCAGGAGUUUGAAGCCAGCUGGUCUACGUGAGACUGACUCAAAGAAAUUGAGCCAAAUAAAAUAGUUGUUUUCCCUCCUUCCUCCUACUGCUGCUCCUUAUCUUGUUCUUUUCACUUUUUUGUGAACAAAAUCAGUGAGACCCUUUUUACCAUGAGACUUUGUCUUUGACUUGUUCUUAGAACGUCCUUCACAUAUGUGUCCCUCUGCCUCACCACCUUACUGAUGCAUGGCUGCUUUUCUUCUCUGCUUAAGCUGUUUGGCGUCUCACUCACCUGUUGUUGUUUUAACCACGUCUACAUUAGAGAUUCCAGGAUUUGUAGCUUCGAUCUUGGGUCUGAAUUCUGAACAAAAGAAGAAUUCAGACAGUGAUCUAUGGGCAGCAAUAGUAGCCUUUUCCUUGAGGCCUCCUGCAAACUGGCCCACAGUCCUUCAUUUCCCAAAUGUAAAUGUUGCGUCCAACUUUGCCAUUUCAUCAGUUUUAAAUUUCCCUGCCCAGGCAUUGUCUCCAUUUCUCAGAGCACUUAGGAAAUCCUGCAAUAUUGAGACAUCUAGCUUUUCUUCUGUGAUCUUCUUGCCUGUCUGUAUGAAGAGGGCAUAAGAGUCAUAAGCCCUUUGGUCUCUUGGGGUCACUUGAAGCCAUCCUGAUGUAUUGCUCUCUAGGAAACACAGAGCACAAUGCAAGGCUUCCUGGCCUCACACUAGCUGUCUUAAUGACAGUCAAUUCUUACGUGAUUGCUACUAAUUAAAAACGUUAACAAUAAAACAGAAGAGAUCCAUAAUGGCCGUCACUCUCAAGUCUUCCCACUCCAAAAAUUCCUUUCUAAUCCUAGAUAACCAUUAUCCUAAUCUGUGUAUAAAUUAGCCUAUUCAUCACUUCUCUUAUAAAUGGAAUGUGCAAUGUGAGCUCUUUUGUGACUGAACUUUUUCAGCUAGCCUGAUGGCAAGACUCAUCUGUGUUGGUAGAUUCAUUAAUGCUUUACUACUUUUCAUUGUUGAAUAGUAUUAAUAGCAGUAAUAAAACCAUAUUUAUUCAUUCAUCAA